GAAAUCAAAGUGUUACCCCACAUAAACAUGACAUUCGUCCCUUUCUCUUCCCACCACACAUUCUCCCACUCCCCACCCAAACAAAAACUACUGCACACUCUCACUCUCACCCUCCCUCCUCUCACUACCAAUGGCAGAUUCCACAACAACCCCCACAUGGCACCAACUCUUGGGAAGCAACAACUGGGAGAAUCUCCUUGACCCCCUCCACCCUCACCUCCUCAACCUCAUCCUCCGCUGCGGCGACUUCAUCCAAGCCACCUAUGACGCCUUCAACAACGACAAAAACUCCCCCUACUGCGGCUCCAGCCGUUACGGGAAGCCCUCUUUCUUCAAGAAAGUCAUGUUUGAUGAUCUCGAAAGUUACACUGUCGCGUGCUUUCUGUACGGCACCGCGCGCGUGUCCGUCCCCGAAGCGCUUCUUCUGCACUCCCUUUCACGUGAGGCGUGGGACCGCGAGUCCAACUGGAUCGGGUACAUAGCUGUGACGACUGAUGAGGUCAGCAAGAAGUUGAACCGGCGUGAGAUCUAUGUUGUGUGGCGCGGCACCACCCGGGACUUUGAGUGGAUUGAUGUGUUUGGAGCUGCUCCUGAAUCUGCAACCGGCUUGUUGAAUGCUAAGAGUUUAAGAAACUUGGACAAAGCCAAAGACGGAGACGGCAGUAGCAGUAGCGACAGCGAGGAAGACGACGACGUCCCCAAAGUAAUGAAGGGUUGGCUAACAAUCUACACCUCCGAAGAUCCAAAAUCUCCAUUCACAAAACUAAGCGCAAGGACACAAGUCUUAACCAAAGUGAAAGCCUUGUUGAAACUCUACAAAGACGAGAACCCUAGCGUGGUCCUGGUAGGGCACAGCCUAGGUGCAUCCUUAUCCAUCGUGAGCGCUUUCGACCUCGUUGAAAACGGCAUCACCGACGUCCCCGUCGCCGCUUUCGUCUUUGGUUCACCCCAAAUUGGGAACAAGGCAUUCAACGAGAGAGUGAAGAGUUUCAAUAACUUGAGGGUUCUUCACGUGAGAAACGUGAUUGACGUAAUUCCUCAUUACCCAGGGAGGCUGCUAGGGUACGAAUAUACUGGCGUGGAGCUCGAGAUCGAUACGCGAAAAUCGCCGAAUCUGAAGGACUCGAAGAACCCUAGCGACUGGCAUAACCUGCAGGCAAUGCUGCAUGUGGUGGCGGGGUGGAAUGGGAAGCAUGGUGAGUUUAAGUUGAGAGUGAAGAGAAGCUUGGCUCUUGUGAACAAGUCUUGUGAGUUCUUGAAGGAUGAGUACCGCGUGCCUGGGUUAUGGUGGGUUGAGAAGAAUAAAGGGAUGGUGAAAAGGGACGAUGGUGAGUGGGUCCUGGAUGCCCCAGAAGAGGAGGACAUGCCUGUGCCUGAAGAUUAUGAUUGAAUGGGAAAAAGAAAGAGAGAUAAAAAAAAACUGAAGUGUAUGUACUAAUUUUGUUUUG